UUGGCUGCCCUGCACCCUUGCCCCAGGACAGCAGGGCGGCUCCACGGCCCCCUUCCUUGUCCCGGACGUCCCGCUCCAGCUCCCCCUAGCUGAAGCGGGGACUCCCCUGGCGCAGCUGUGGACGUGGAACCUCGGCUGCAGAGCCGGCCCCUGGACUCACUGCCCCCAGCCCAGCCGCAGGCGCCCCAGCCCCCCGGCGGCUCAUUCCUCCUUCCGCGGGCACCGGCGCUGCCUGGUUCCUAGCGCUGCGCUCGCAACUGGAUAUGUUGAGGUGGCGACGCAACACUUCCCCGCCCUGGGAGGGAUCACGGACUGGGCUGGGGGCUCAAACAGGCAACCCAGCCUGCAGAGCCGGGCGGCGGGGGCUGUGCUGGCGCCGGCAGGCGCGAGAAAUCACAGAGCGGGGCGCCCAGCCUCAUCGUGGGGCCCACGAAGACUUCCCAUGGGAGUGGGGUCUAGUGCAGGGGCGCCCCGAAGGACGAGUGGGAGAUGGGGACACGCGGCACAGAGAGACUCCUCGUGGAUGGAGCCGAUGGAGGCCCAGUGUGGAAGAGAAAGGGGUCAAGGAGACGAAUAAGGAGCCACCAGAGACGCAGAGGGAAUUCCCCCCAGAGGAUGCGGGAAGCCGGGGAAAGGAAGGGAAUCCGGAAGGAAGGGCUGAGAGCCGAUCAGAUGGGGUCAUCAGAACCCACUGUGAGGAAGUGGCUUCUCUUUGAGAUCAUCCAGACACUCCACACAGAGCAGAGCAAAAGUGCCUAGAACUUGAAAUUUUGGACUUGCCUUCAACACCCUGGGGAUUUCCACCAGGAAGCCUUCAGUCACCAUCCAGGGGAUUUUUAUCACCACAAAGGGUAAUUCCUGCUCCAUCCCUGCUGUGACUCAGCUGUGACGUUGAACCACACAAGCCAGAGAGAAGAUAAAGUCAUCAGAGCUCCUACUCACCAGAGAGUGAGGCCCAGGCCAGGACUCCACAGGGCUGGUCCCCUGUCCUGAAGGAACUUAGACAGGACUUCUGGCCAGCCUGGGACCCUGAGAUGGCAUCCAGCUCAGGCAGCAGCCCACGCCCGGCCCCUGAUGAGAAUGAGUUCCCCUUUGGGUGCCCUCCCACCGUCUGCCAGGACCCAAAGGAGCCUAGGGCUCUCUGCUGUACAGGCUGUCUCUCUGAGAACCUGAGGAACGGCGAGGAUCAGAUCUGCCCCAAAUGCAGAGGGGAAGACCUCCAGUCUGUAAGCCCAGGAAGCCGUCUUCGAACUCUGGAGAGGGCUCAUCCUGAGGUGGCCGAGGCUGGAGUUGGGUGCCCCUUUGCAGGUGUCGGCUGCUCCUUCAAGGGAAGCCCACAGUCCGUGCAAGAGCAUGAGGUCACCUCCCAGACCUCCCACCUAAACCUGCUGUUGGGGUUCAUGAAACAGUGGAAGACCCGAAUGGCCUCUGGCCUGGAGUCUGGGCCCAUGGCUCUAGAGCAGAACCUGUCAGACCUGCAGCUGCAGGCAGCCGUGGAAGUGGCGAGGGACCUGGAGGUCGAUUGCUACCGGGCACCCUGCUCCGAGAGCCAGGAGGAGCUGGCCCUGCAGCACUUCAUGAAGGAGAAGCUUCUGGCUGAGCUGGAAGGGAAGCUGCGUGUGUUUGAGAACAUUGUUGCUGUCCUCAACAAGGAGGUGGAGGCCUCCCACCUGGCCCUGGCCACCUCCAUCCACCAGAGCCAGCUGGACCGUGAGCGCAUCCUGAGCUUGGAGCAGAGGGUGGUGGAGCUGCAGCAGACCCUAGCCCAGAAAGACCAGGCCCUGGGCAAGCUGGAGCAGAGCUUGCGCCUCAUGGAGGAGGCCUCCUUCGAUGGCACCUUCCUGUGGAAGAUCACCAAUGUUACCAGGCGGUGCCAUGAGUCGGCCUGUGGCAGGACCGUCAGCCUCUUCUCCCCAGCCUUCUACACUGGCAAGUAUGGCUACAAGUUAUGCCUGCGGCUGUACCUGAAUGGAGAUGGCACUGGAAAGAGGACCCACCUGUCGCUUUUCAUCGUGAUCAUGAGAGGGGAGUAUGAUGCGUUGCUGCCGUGGCCUUUCCGGAACAAGGUCACCUUCAUGCUGCUGGACCAGAACAACCGUGAGCACGCCAUUGAUGCCUUCCGGCCUGACCUAAGCUCGGCGUCCUUCCAGAGGCCCCAGAGUGAAACCAACGUGGCCAGUGGCUGCCCACUCUUCUUCCCCCUCAACAAACUGCAGUCACCCAAGCAUGCCUACGUGAAGGACGACACGAUGUUCCUCAAGUGCAUCGUGGAGACCAGCACUUAGGGUGGGCGGGGCUCCUGAGGGAGCUCCAACUCAGACGGGAGCUGGCCAGAGGACUGUGAUGCCCUGCCCUUGGCACCCAAGACCCCAGGGCACAAAGAUGGGCGAAGGUUGGCACGAUCUGAGCAAGACUGAGGGGUCGACUUUGGGCUGGCCAUACGGUUAGGAUGGCAGGACGUGGGCUGGGCCCACAAAGGCAAAGGGUCCAGAAGGAGACAGGCAGAGCUGUUCCCCUCUGCACGGACAAUGCAACACCCGGAGGCCAGGGAGCCACUCUGGCCCUGAAUGUUGAGGUGGAUUGUCACCAAGACGGGAAGAAAAUGGAACCAGGUCUGGAACCGUAGGACCCAAGCAAAGAAGCUCUCGAGCUGGGAAGAUCUCUGCAGGGCCACCAGAGAGACCUGGACACAGGCCUGCCCUUUUUGUCCAGGGUCAGAAACAGGACCGGGUGGAAGGAAUGGGGUGCCAGUGUGAAUGCAGUCUGUCCAGGCCUGGACUGAGUCCCCCAUCACUGGAGGUGAACAAGCAAACCCAGAGGGCUCUACUGAGACUUCAAAUUGGGGGUUGCAUUUGAAGACUUUUAAGAUUCCUUCCAGCCCAGAAAGUCUCUAAUUCUAGGCCUCCUGGCCCAGGCAAGUCCUAGAGCUACAGGGUUUCUGGAAACAUUCAGGAGUUUCCUGCCCUCCUGGCUCCUCACUCACCUUCAAUAACCCCUGCUGGACUCACCUGGCCCGCAGGGCACCUGCCACCCUGGGCCUGGCGCUCAGCUUCCCCAACACGCAGGAGCACACCCAGCCCCCAAUCGCAAUAAUGGAGCACUAGUGCUUUUAUGUGCAAUGACAUCGUCCAUGCACAAUGGCAGCAAACAUUCUGGGGCUGCUUUUUCUUGUUCCCACCUGUGACAGUGUGGCAGCAGAGACUGUGGAGGCAGUGGAGACUGACUUCUUCCCGCUGGCAGCUGGACGUCACACAUGAAGGUCUGGCCUAGCGAGUGAUGGGUCUAGGCCCUGAAACUGAUGUCCUAGCAAUAACCUCUGGAUCCCUACUCACCGAGUGUUGAGCUCAAGGGGGAUUUGUAGAACAAGCCCCCAUGAGAAACAGUUGUUACUCUACACUUUUGAUUGUCUAUUUCUGAUGGCAAGAGAUACAUACCCUCUUCAAAGAGCAUGAGAUGCUGCCAUUCUUUCAGCAAAGUUUCAUUGACACCUAGAUCUGUUAACUGUGUUCGACAUUGAAGGGAGAAAGGCAAGAUGUGCACUCUGGCCUCAAGAAACCCUCAGUUCAGUGGAGGAAAUGAGCACAUAGGAUCAUUAUGACAGAGUAAGAGAAGAUUAGAGAAAGCACAGAAUCCCAGUGGGUGAAGGAGGGAAGGCUUCAGGGAAGAAGUGGCAUUUAAACUCAGCCUGAGAAUAUUUUGAAAUGCAGAGGAUGGGGAAAAGGGAAGCGUACCAACUUGAAAAUGGGAAGCAGUCUUGGCCGAGGGCAGGGUCUGUGUGGCAGGAUGGAGGAGGGAGGCAGAAGGGUCAGAUGAACUGGAGUGUAGACAGCAUCAGAUGCAGCAGUGCCCCUCCCCCUCCCCGGGAAAGCACCUCCUGGUAACCCCUGGGCCUAUUGAAAGCAGGAUGAGACGAUAAUUUAAGAUGCUGAAUGAUUGAAUGGUUUCUCUUCCAACAAAGCUCUAUGUUAAGUG